GCACUCGUCACUGAUAUAAUAAGAGCAGCAUAAAGCAGACGUGACAUUUGACUACCGAUACGUUUCCUUGUCGCUUUCCUCGGAAGAACUAUAACUGAGGUCAGGCGCUUUCUGUGGAAUCAGGGAGAAUGUCCUUGUCUGGCUGGGUGUGUGUAGUAACGGGGGCCUCCAGAGGCAUCGGCCGGGGCAUCGCUCUCCAGCUGUCUGAGGCCGGAGCCACCGUCUACAUCACCGGGCGCCAGGAGACCAGUCUGAAACAAACUGCUGCACAGGUGAAGGAGAGGGGUGGAAACUGCGUGCCAGUGAUCUGCGAUUCCACGAAAGAAAAAGACAUCGAAGACCUGUUUGAACGGAUCAAGCGUGAGCAGAAUGGCCGGCUGGACAUCCUGGUGAACAAUGCCUAUGCUGGAGUCCAGGCCAUCUUUGAGAAUAUGGGGAAGAAGUUCUGGGAAACCGAUCCGUCCAUUUGGGAUUCCAUCAACAACACCGGCCUCAGGGGACACUAUUUCUUCUCAGUUUACGCAUCCCGGAUAAUGGUGGCUCAAGGUCAGGGUCUGAUCGUCACAAUUUCCUCCAUGGGGGGUCUGCGGUAUCUCUUCAAUGUGCCAUAUGGCGUUGGCAAAGCCGCAUGUGACAGGCUGGCAGCAGACAUGGCUGUUGAGCUUAAAAAAAGGGGAGUGGCUUCUGUCAGUCUGUGGCCGGGAGCCGUACAAACAGAGUUGGUGACUCAGUUGGUGUUGGAGAAAGAAACACCACAGGGUGGCGAUCCCAUGUUGAAAGAAGUCUUUGCCAAUGGGGAAUCCACAGAAGUGAGCGGGAUGUGCAUUGUCAACCUGGCAAAAGAUAAACAUCUGAUGUCUCUGACUGGGAAAGUACUUCUGACCUGCGACCUGGCAAAGCGCUAUGGCAUAAAAGACAUUGAUGGACGGAGUGUAACCGAUUACACUUCUCUGACAUUCCUCCUGAGCCGGGUCCCUUAUCUCUCCUGGCUGUCGGCUGUUGUUCCUUCAUUCAUACACCUGCCACGCUUUGUGCUCACCCUCGCUAGUAACCGCUUCUAAACUGUUCCCACAUCAGCACUGAAGUGGCAAUAGCAUACUUUAUGUCAACCAUAUGUGCCAAAUUCUAGCUAAACAUAUAGUUGCCAUGUUUCUAUGAAGGAGUAUUAUUGAAAUUGCUGUGUGUGUGUGUGUGUGUGUAUGUAUGUGUACGAGUACGAGAGUUCUUAAUGAAGGCAGUUCUAUGAAGUUUGAGAUCUACAUUAAUUUAACAUUAACACUACUAUGAGUGAAGCCGCACAAUGUGAAUUUAUUACCACAUGUUAAGUAUUUUCUUAAGCAGUAUGCACCAUCUAUUUACGGAUGAAACAUUUAAAUCUGUAUUUUUGACUAAUUUCUAGCUUUGUUAUAUUUCUAAUGAAUAUAUAUAAUGUGUAAAUACGCCCAACACUACUUCUACUAGCACUACUAUGAUAUGUGACCGGUUAUGUAACAGCUGCUUAAAUAAAGGAACGUUAACUUGU